AUGGUUAAUCAACAACUCUUAAAUAAUUUAGGAAUUAAUGAAGCAGCAGUGGAAAAUUUAAACCCCAUUUCCCUCUCCCUGAUUAAUUCUUUAUUACUUACUAUUCAAGAGCAAGCUGAGGAAUUAAAAGUUAAUCAACAACAACUACUUAAUUAUCAGGUGCAAGUUCAAGGCAUUAAAAGCCAAUUAGAACGUCGAAAGCCUCGUCGCUUAUCGUUAGGUAAUGAAUUGACCGCAGAAUUCACCACCAUAAACAUUUCUCCUUCCUCAGUUUCUUUUUCUCCCCAUACCCCUCGUUCCUUAAAUACUCCCACUAUUUCUGAAUUAGGAGAAAUUGUGGAAAUAGUUCAGCAACAAGAAGAAGUUUUAGAAGAUAGUGCCACCCAAAUAAUUACUGAGCUACAAACCCAGCAAGAGAGUUUACAGCAACAAUUACAAUCCUUAACCCAGCAAUUAGCUCAAAAAGAAAGUGAUUUAGCUCGUUCUGAAAAUCAACGACAAGCGAAAAUUGCCGAAACCGCUAAAUUAGAGCAACAAAUUAGUAAGUUAAAAACGGAAUUAACCACCCGUGAAACUGAGUUAGUGGAUGCUGAAACGGAAUUAACCUGCAUUAGCGAAGACCUGUCGCAAGCCGAAGAAGAAAAAGAGAAGAUCAAGAAAUAUUAUUUAGAUGCUCUGUUAAAAGAAAAGAAUGCCCGGUUAGAGUUAGAAAAAAAGUUAACUCAUGAAAUUACUGAAAAUCAACGCUUAAAGAACUAUCAAGAAGAAACUAAUACUAAUUUAACUACGGCUUUAAAUCAGUUAACCGAACUGCAACGCAUAACCCACGAGGAAAGAUUAGAGUUGCAACAGUUAAUAGAUGAGCAAGAAGCUAGGUAUCAAGCAGAAAAAAACGAGCGAGAAAUAGCCUUUAAAAAGCAGAUGGAUAACAUGCGCUUGUUCCAAUUAACGGCUAUUCGGGAAGUUAACCAAGCUCACCCGUCUCAAUCAAAUGCUAGUUUACCAACUAGUCUUUCCAAUUCUCCGCGGCAUUCCAUUUGUGAAGAAAAUUUUACUCCUCGCAAAAACCAAACACCCCUUUAUUUUGAACUGCUCCGGAAAGGUAAUUUCUUUGGCUCUAACGAAGUAGAAGAAAGAAGAAGUUCCAUUUCUUCCGUUAUGACUAAUCAUAGCCAACUAGAUAAAGUUUUUGAAGAAGUUUUAGCACUUACCGAUUUAGAAACCGAAACUAACCAAGGUUGUAAUUCUGAAGAACAUCAGAGAUUAGUGGCGGAGUUAACCGCUUUGGAAGCUUCCACCCAAGAGUUAAAUGCCGAAUUAUUAAGUUGA